GAGGCGCUGUUUGCUGCCUCUCUGCGGCGUUUCAGCCGGAAACCAACCCGCCCCCCUGGCGGCCGCCUGCUGGCGCUGAUAAAGAAGUGCGCAGCAGCAGCUCGGGGCGCAGAGGGGGCUCUCCACGGGCUGGAAACAACUAAGCUGGACUAAGUUACCACAUAAUACCACAGCUCCUCUGCUCAUUCUUUAUCAACGUAACCAUGACAGCGACUAUUAUUUCUACUUUCUUCGAAAACAGAGAAGUGUGUUACGAGAACAAAAAGCCAUUAAAGUACAGCGACAGUAACGGCCUUGGUGGACAUCAGCUGAUGUCUGUCCCAUGCUCCAGUGCCAACCUCUCCUGCACCCCCACUGGAUCCAUGCUGGAUAGGGAGAUGGAUGGGGCCCCCUCUGCAGGUGGCCCGUUCCAACGCAGUCACUCAGUCAGCCUCCACAGUGAAAAGUUCAGCCAGAACCAGUUUGUUAACAGCCUUAAAAGCGAUCCCUCCGUGUUGUUGGGUUUCAGCUGCAGCAACAACAAGGAAAACCAUUUCCGUCAGCGCUCCUACUCAGAGCUGGGGGAUAUGGUGGGGGCCAGCAGCCAGGCGUGCGUUGGUGGAAGCAGCCAAGUCAUCUCCAGCCGCUAUAAGACGGAGCUGUGCCGUCCCUUUGAGGAGAACGGCACCUGUAAAUACGGUGACAAGUGCCAGUUUGCUCAUGGCGUGCACGAGCUGCGCAGCCUAAGCCGCCACCCGAAGUACAAGACUGAGCUGUGUCGCACCUUCCACACCAUCGGUUUCUGCCGGUAUGGUCCACGAUGCCACUUUAUCCACAAUGCAGAGGAGCGCCGUGGGCCCCCUCCCCUCUCCUCCUUUAACAAGAUGGAGCGCCCUCGGUUACAGCACAGCUUCAGCUUCGCCGGCUUCUCCAGCUCCAGUGGCAAGCAGGACAGCCCCACCUCCGUCACACCUCCACCAAUGUUCUACACCAAAGAGCUGACCAAGUGGCAGGGCAGCCCCUUUGCUUUCUCUAGCCAGGAGUUUGCCAGCCUGUUUGGCCCCAGCUUGGAACCUCCAACCGCAUCUGAGCCUCCGACCCCACCCUCCCAGACUACCCCCGGCUCGUUCCAGUCCCCAUUAGAGAGUGCCCACAGCCCCCCAGAGUCUCUGUCUGACCAGGAGGGCUAUCAGAGCAGCCUGGGCAGUCAGAGUGGUGCUGAGUCCCCGCUACUGGAUGCCUCGCGUCGACUCCCCAUCUUUAGCACACUCUCCGUCUCUGAUGAUUAAGGUGUGUGGAGACCAUUCACCUCCUCCUCCUCCUCCUCCACCUCUAAGCCCUGUUUAAAGGAGAAGCAUUGUUGUAGCCAGCAAGUCGCAUCAGAAAUCCGGAUCAAGUCUCUUCCAAUAUUAUGAACAGGUGGUUCCUAUUUCAAUCUGGCCCCUUCACUGAUGCAAUGGUGAAAUAAAUGUGAAUGAUUGUGUAAAGUAGUUCAGAGAUGACAUUACAAAGUAAAGAUCCACCUUUUUCACAUCCAAUAUCUGAUAUUGAAUAUCUACCAAUACCGAUAAUGAUUCUGAUGCCAGAGCUUUUUUCCCCAUAGAAUUAGCAUUAAAUUUAUAUGUAUUCCAAAGCGAUUUAUUUGAACUGUAGGUAAAGUAAGUUUCACAUAAAAUCUAAGAAGUCUGAGUGCAGAUUGCAACAAACAAACCAAUGCACAGGAAUGCAUUAUCAGCUACUGUAUAGAAGUGCAAAAGUAAUAGGAGAAUUUUAACAGUUGCAAUGACAAAUUAAGAACUCAGGUUUUCUGAGUGAAAUAGUGGAUCGGAUCGGUCCAUUCUCCAUUAUAAAGUAGAUAAAUAUGACUUAUUAAAGGCAGUGGGGUUGCUGUGUGUAUUCACCUCAGUUCUCUGUGCAGAGUGUGUUGCAGUGUGCUUCUCUAUAAAGCCAUUAUUUUUGUGCCACAACCUUGACACCUCCUAGAGGCUUGUAACAACUAAGUGUUACAUUUUUCAAAGGAUUAUCACCAUAAAAUGAACAUGAACAAUUUGAGACAAUUUAUAAAAGUGCCUUGGAGUCUAUUCAUGUAAAGCCAACUAUAAACCUAGACUUCGCUUUUCCACUUAUCAGGCCCAGUUUCCUGCGCCUUUUGCCUGUCAUGGCGACUGUUUUUAAGACUCCUACUACAUUUAAAUGCAACCACCAGCACAAUCCUGUCCUGUGUCACUCCAUAGAACACAGCGGAGACAGUUUUCAUCCAGACUAUUUGUUUUGUAGUUGAAAUGACAGCUGUGCUCUCAGGUCUAUGGAGUAACUCAGUAACAGAGACACUGCAGGUGUUGAAUUUGAGAAAAUCAGGUUUUUGCCAACAAUUGCACAAAGUAGAAGACGGGAGAGAAAAGUUCUUUGUUCGUUGUUUUUAUUUUGUUGAACUGACCAACAGACUGCUAGCAGACAGUGUUAGUGUUGAGAUUUGAACCGUCUCUGUCAGCAAUUGAGCUUGACCAAUCAGCCAUGUGACAUCUCAGUCAGCUGCCUGAAAUCAGAUGUUGAUUCCAUCAUGACUAUUAUUAUGUCAUUGUCUAGUUUAUUUUCCAAAGCCUUCUGGAUGGGGACUUUGGCUGUAACUGCUAUUUAUCAAAAUGUAUUUAUUGCUGAUCAUAAGCAUUUUUAUUUUGUAUUUAUGUGGUUAAUGAAACAAUAGAAUAUAUAUUUUCUUUUAUGUAAAGUUAUGAUCUUCUGUAUUAAUCGCAAGAUUGUGUGAGACCUGUGUGUUUUCUUUUUUUUUGUUCAGUUAUAUAUUAUGCCUCACUUAUUUUGAAAGUGAAUGUUAAUUUAAAACACAAGGUUUAGCAUUUUUAUUUAUUUCCUCUUCCCACAUGUUGGACUGCAGGUUGAGGUUGUAUGUGGCAGUCUGAAGGCACACACACAAUGCACUGAAAGUGUCAAAGUCAAUGCCCCAGUGCAUGCCACAGACACACCUUGUCUGUUCAGUGGGACUAUUACAGCUGCCAUAAUCAAGCUCAAAAGAUGGAGAAAAGCUGAUGCAGUAAUUGCAUACUAAUAGCGUAACUAACCCAGUGGCCUACAGUUGGUUAGGGUGUGGAGAAAGAGUGCAGGUGGUGCUGGUUUUACACACAGUUUUUGGCUGUUCUCCAGGGAUGUCAUGACUUCAAACAAAUAUUUAAAUGAUGCCCAUGUCAUACGACUGUGUUGGUCAGUGGAGUGAAACAAAACUGGAAGGGGAGUCCACCUCCCAAAGUCUUUAAGCAGCCCCCCCGCUGCUGGUUUGUGAUACGGUUUUCACUUUGUACAUGCUUAAGUCUCGCUACAGUGAGCCGACAUGUGAGUACUUCACACUGUGUACUAACAGUAGACCCUUCUUUUGAAAUAUAAAGCAUGGACGCCUCUAGAAAAAUUUGAGGCCUCAAGAUGCAGCCAUAAUCUUUUUAUAAUCACAUUGUAGCCCUUUAAAUCAUAAUCACAUCACAAGGUGCCCAGAGAGUCCCAGCCCUGGUUGAAAUAUUGGCAGCGGGAACAAGUUAUUGAUUAUUACAUUUUUGGUAUCAUGACAUCCCUGCUGUUUGGUCUUCUGGCUAAUCAGCUGACUAUCUAAGCAGUGUGUGUUGAGUUUGUCACCUGUGGCCUUUCCCCGCUCCACUAGCUUUACAUGCAUGGUCUAUUUUUGCCAGAGCUGCACAUUAAAUUCUUGGGGAAUGUAUAUGAAUGCCUGCCCAUAUUUGUUGCCGAUGGAAGUUAAUUUUAAGAUUUGGAAAUUGCUCUAAAAUGUUUGGAGAUAUUUGUAUUCAGAUACAGGUACAAGGAACAAUAGUUUCAGACCUCCAUCAUUCAAGUAUUCUAGUGUCACUGUAGAACAAUCCACUGCAGAACAUUUGCAUGAAUAGUAUUGAACAGUACAAUCUUCAAAAGUGACAGACAGUAUUGAUAUACUGACUUUGAUUGGAGUCAGAGUGUUAAAACCAGUUUACAUCUCCCACUUGGAUCUUGCAUACAAAAUUCAAGCUUCCACAUUGAUUGCCAGUGGUGAAGCACAGCUAGCAUUGUCUGCUGCAGCUCUUUCAUUCUCUAGAAUGUAAACUGGCUCUGAAUCAGUUGCCUGUCAUCAGUUUCUCUUACUGAGAUGAAUUCUCAUUUGAGAAUAAAAGUCAGUUUAACUGUGAUUUAAAGCAUUUAAGCUCUAUUUUUGAGAAGGUGAUGGGAACAUGCUUGUUCACAGCAUCCCGCACAGACUUCCUAGCACUUUGAGUCAGCACAAUGACCAUGUAAAGGUCAUUCUUGACCACUUUUGCCUGUUUAAGUGCCUAUAAAUACAUUCCAGUUUUCCCAAAUGUUGUGCCUUGAUAUUUUUCUAUAACAGAACAAGCUCAAAAUGUAUUCCUGUAUGUUAGAGGUUAAAAGGAUUUCUACAUGAAAAGCAACUGUUGAAUGUAUUCUCUAGCAGCCAUUGCUGGUAUUACAGUAAAUACUUUGUUCAUGGCUUAGUUUGUAAUGAUAGAUUGCAUUUAAAAACAACAAUAAAAUAUGUUUAUAUGUUUGA